AUGCUCAAUACAAUACCACUUAAUAUAGAUGCAUGGUUGAAAGAGAAUGACUCUUUACUUCAGCCACCCGUUAACAAUUACUGUCUUCAUAGAGGCGGUUUUACCGUGAUGAUUGUUGGUGGGCCAAAUGAGCGUACCGAUUACCAUGUUAAUCCUACGCCCGAAUGGUUUUACCAAAAGAAAGGCGCAAUGACUUUGAAAGUAGUCGAUGAGUCUAAAAAGAGCGAUGACAGAUUUAUCGAUAUCACCAUUAAAGAAGGUGAUUCAUAUUUGUUGCCAGGAAAUGUUCCUCACAGUCCAGUGAGAUACGCGGACACCGUAGGACUUGUACUUGAGCAAGAUCGUCCAGCCGGCGCACAUGACCGCAUGAGAUGGUAUUGUUCGAAUUGCAGAGAAAUUGUCUGUGAGCUGAGUUUCCAAAUGAUUGAUCUAGGUACUCAAGUUAAGGAAGGCAUUCUUGAAUUCGAAAAUGAUGUGGAAAAAAGAACAUGCUCAAAUUGCGGCACAUUAAACUUUUCAAGGCCUCAAGGUGCCAACUAA